AUGUUUGACUAUGCCAUCAUGGCUUACAUCUCGUGGAGAAGUCAGGUGUCCAACUUCAAGGUAUUGCAAAAUACAGGGCAGUUCCCAUUUCUUCAGGGAAGUGACCUCAUAAGGCAGAAGCAGGAACAGGCUGCAUCUCAAGGCGGUCAGCGCAGUGGCAGAGGGCCAGCGUCAUGGCGUGGUGUCAGCACUGAUGACAGCGCAGCGGAGGAUUGCCUGAAAAUUCUGUCCUUUGUCACUGCUCAGCUAGAGAGCUCGGGGCAGUGGCUUCUUGCUCUGGAGAGUGGCUUUGCCAAGUGGCUGUGCCUCGCCCUGAAAUCUCCCGGUACCUGGGGACUGCAGAAGCUGGAGAGAAGCUCUGGAAGAGGGGAAGGACCAAGGCGGACAGAGAUGAGAGCUUGCAGAAGACUCGCCAAGCUGGGGAAGAGUCCUGCUAGCGCCCGGGUCAAGGCAAAACCUUUAGAUGACACAAAAAUAAUUAAUGAAAGUCAAAAGCAGCAACUGGAAUCUGUGAGCUACUCCUCCCGCUAUGCCCUGGGACUUUUUUAUGAAGCCAGUACACGGAUUGAUGUCCCUUGGGCUGCACAAUACAUCACCAAUAAUCCCUGCAUACGCUUCAUCUCCAUCGAUAAUAAGAAACGCAAUAUAGAAUCUUCUGAAAUUGGUCCUUCAGUUGUAGUUCACACAACAGUAACGUUUGGAAGUGAGCACCUGGAUUCAGACCCCGCAGAAGUGCAGCAGUUAAUUCUCAGUCACCUGGAGAGGAUUGUGCCAUCCCUACCUAAACCAGCUAGCGUCAAGUGUCAGAAAUGGAGAUACUCACAGGUUACAAAAGCUGUGCCCAAUUGUCCAGGACAGAUGAUUCUUCAUACUCAACCUCUCCUGAUUUGUGGGGGUGAUGGAUUUACUCAUUCCAAAUUCGAUGGCUGCAUAGAUUCUGCUAUGAGUCUUGCAGAGGCUGUGAAAUCUCAUUUAUAGCAAUUUCAAAGUCAGCUGCUAACUGUAGUCUAGAUUUAUGAUGAAUUUUACUAUGAUGGAUUGAAUUCUAGUUUAGUGUUUACAUAACUGGCCCCUAUCUUGCAAAAAUAAAUUAUGGAAGACCUAUUGGUGUACUG